UUGGAAUUUGUGAAGUCCCUAUGUCUGGGGCCAGCACUGAUCCACACAGCUAAGUUUGCACUUGUCUUCCCUCUCAUGUUUCACACCUGGAAUGGGAUCCGACACUUGAUGUGGGACCUAGGAAAAGGCCUGAAGAUUCCCCAGCUAUACCAAUCUGGAGUGGUUGUCUUGGUUCUUACUGUGCUGUCCUCUGUAGGGCUGGCAGCCAUGUGAAGAGCUGAAGUUCCCAGCAUCAUCUUCCUACAAAUUACGACAUUGACUUGUCUUCCUGUUUGUCACUCUUAGCUCCAUCCAGGGCAAAGUUCUCUUGAUUUGUUUAGAUCCUUUUGUGCUUGCAGAUCCCCUUGGAGCUCAGUAGCAGUAGAGUACCUUGUAGAACCAUAGUAGUGGAAAAGGGUCCAGUUUUCCCCUUCUUUCUAAAGAUGGAGUGGCUGCAAAAACUCCCUUUUCCUGCCCACAGCUUGCAGCCUAGCCUGCGCCUAGGAGCGCUUAUUCUCUUUCCAUAUUGGGCUUUGAUUUGUGCUGAGGGUCAGCUUUUGGCUCUUUCUUCCUGAGACAGUGGAAACAAUGCCAGCACUGUGGCCUCUGCUCUGGGGACUGGGGGUGAAACUUUGGGUGCCACUGCCUGUGGGUUGCUGGCUUAAAGGACAGUUCUGUUCUUUGGUGAGAGCCCAGGCUUUUAACACCUACACAGUAUGACUGAAAGAAGAGAGGUGGGGGUGGAGGGGAAUUAGCCUGUCCAGGGAGGGAGAUAAAGAGGGUGAGUUGGUUCUUAGAACAGGUGCUUUGGGGAGAAAAUUUACAGCUUUUGAUGUAAGAUGAAGAUCUAGAAAAUUAUCAUUUAACAUAUUAAGGGUUAUUUCUUUUUCCUACAUUUUUGGAAAAACAAACCUCUUAAUUUCAUGUUUUCUCAUCCAAGUUCAUGUAUCUUUUCUGCAACUGAAUUAAAAUACUCAUUUUA